CUUUAGUUUCCGACUUCGGUUCUCUUCCCUUUUGUACCAAUUCUUGAACUAAUCCGCCCUCCUAUCCUAAUUCUAAUCUCGCAGCCAUGUCUACGUCGAAGCCUGCGCCAACUCAAUUGGCACACCCCGCCAAAAUCAUCAUGCCUGACUUGGUCUCGCAUUGUGACUUCAAGCUUCGUAUCAACCGUCACCACCGACAAGCUGCCGUAGCUUCCGAACGGUGGAUGUUCAAAGGUGGAAACUUGGACGAGCAGGGUCGUACUGCCUUCCGAGGUCUCAAGGCCGGACUUCUGACGUCGAUGUGCUACCCCGACGCGGCGUACCCGCAACUCAAAGUGUGCUGCGACUACAUGAACUACCUCUUUCAUUUGGACAACCUCACGGACGACAUGGACAACAGUGGAGCCAGGAAUGUUCGGGAUGAGGUGAUGGGCGCUCUUCGCCAUCCCGAGUCGUUCCAGGUGUCAGCUAAAGUUGGGCGCAUGACUAGGGACUACUGGAGACGUUUCAUUCAGACCGGGUCGAAAGGCUCCCAGGAGCGCUUUAUCCAGACAUUCGACGACUUCUUCCACGCUGUAUUCCAGCAAGCCAUCGACCGCAAGAACGGUGUUGUUCCUGAUCUGGAGUCUUACAUCACCCUUCGUCGAGACACCAGUGGAUGCCGCCCUUGCUUCGCACUCAUCGAGUACGCGAACAACCUGCAUCUGCCUGACGAAGUCAUGUCGCACCCUAUAAUCCGCAGUCUCGAGGACGCUUCGAACGAUUUGGUGACAUGGUCUAACGACAUUUUCUCAUACAACGUUGAACAAGCGCGUGGCGACACUCACAACAUGAUCGUUGUCGUUAUGCGUGAGCAAGGCAUGUCGUUACAGGAGGCUUUCGACUUCGUCGGAAUGAUGUGCAAACAAUCAAUUGACCGGUUCAUCGCCGACCGGGACAACCUCCCGUCGUGGGGACCCGAGAUUGAUCGUCAGAUUGACGUGUACGUCGACGGUCUGGCGAACUGGAUCGUGGGUAGCUUGCACUGGACGUUUGAGUCUACAAGGUAUUUCGGUAACAAUGGCAAAGAUGUCAAGGCCAACCGCAUCAUCACACUGCUUCCAAAAUGUGCUUGAAAUGCAUGACUCUGCGCUGUAAUACCCAAUGACGCCCACAUCGCUAUUUGUUUAUCAUGUGCCACAUCCCAUCAAUAGACCUCAGAAGUCGCCCGUGAAAAGUACACCUCGUCCUGCUGUCUGUAUUCUAGCGUCGCCCUCCC